UAUAUGAAUAAAAUUGAAGUUUUAAAACAAGGCAAUCAAAUAACAAACUAAUUAAGAGAUGAAUUAGUCAAUCUUUUUUCCAUGACAGAUACUGAAGAUGAUUAUCUAUUAAGUAAUAGAGCUCAAACUAUUAAAUCAGAAAUAGAAUAGAGAUUUAGUAAUUUUAACGAUCUUAUCUAGAAUAUCGAUGGACCAUUAUUCUUUUUAGAAAUGAUGCACAAUUUGAGUCUUCAUUUGUUUUUGCAGAAGAAUUUAUACUUGAAUUAAAAUCAGAAGACUAUGGAAUGUUGGCUUAUAUUAUACCUGAUUAACCAUUAAAUUAAUAUGAACCAAGAAGAGACUUUGGUGUUAGAAAACCUUAUUACAAAGAUGUUAUUGAUUAAUAACAAUUCCAAAGUGAUAAGUAAAUCAAUAGGCCUUUAUUAUUUUAAUAGUUCACCUAUUAGUUAUCCAGGAAUAAGAUAUCAUCCUACAUAUUAUCCUUGA